UAAUUACCAUGAAUAAAAUUAUGUUUUCUUAUAAAAAUGUUACUGAAAGACGUUGAUACCACGGAGUCUAGAACAAAUAGUAAGUAGCGACAACAUUUGUAUUUCUCCUGCGCAAUCUUACAACAGUUUCGACAAGUCUAACCUCCACAGUAUGGCGGCGUCAUUGACGUGCAGAAGCGCCUAGACACGUUACGUCAAACAGGAAGAAUAUUUUGCUGCUUUCAAGUUCACGUUAAAAACUGGGAAUCUAGAGCUUUCGGAACAAAGGCGACAGAAGUUUGUCAAAAAUAACGGUUGUAUUAACAAUUUUUCGACAGCUGCUAUUUUUAAAAAGUCACAUUUAAUUGUUUAAGAUAUUUUUUACAGUAAUUAUAUGCUUUGAGCGCAGUGGUUUUAUAAGUCAAGUGCUGUACGAGUGUUGCGGAAUGUCACAUUUGUUGUACCGUUGCCUAGCAACGACCUGGAUAGCUGCUUUUACAUUUUAAAGUAGCGUUUUCACAACUCUACCAACAAUGUCUGAAGCCAUCUACCCAGCAGGAAGCGUCUACGACUGGAUCCCAAAGGAGCAAGAGGAAAUUAAAAAACCACCAAGAUAUGUAUCCAAGUUCAGGCCAGCUGUCAUUCUUGAGGAGAAGCUAACCAAAGAUGCGAAGAAGACUAUGGGACCACCAAAAGUGGAAUUGCCGUCUCCAGAUAAGUACCUGAAAAAACACUCGAAGCAUCCCAAACCACCCGAGAAGUCUGAAGAUGGACAUAAGACUCGGACCUGCACAGUGAAGAAGCCAAUGGUCCCUAGGCGGACUGAGAAACCACUGAUGGGGAUCCAAACCAAAAGGGAUUUCCUACAGACUACUGUCAUGUUUCCCAUGAAGCCUAAAGCCACUUCUGUUGACACAAAGAAAGGACACAAACAGCUCCUGGAGAACUCUGGACUUGUCCCUAAAUACGUCAUGAAAAAGGAUUACGGUGAAGUACCGACGUAUCUGCAGCUGCGCAGUGAAGCGGAGCGGAAGGCCCAGGCGGAGUACCAGCGCCUGGCAGGGGAGCAGAAUGUGCUGGAGAGGCUAACGGAGGAGGAUCACCAGGCCGUCCUGAAGGGCCUGAAGAAGAAGUGGGAUGAACUCCACCGUGAAUAUCAGGGCCUUCCUCUCCUCAUCGACACGCCGUCAAAGAAAACCCGGAAGAUCCGCCUGGAGGAGAAGAUGAGUCAACUGGAGAAGGACAUCAGCUUCUUUGAAAGGUUCAAAACCAUUUUUAUUUACGACGAUUAGGGACGAAUGGUUUUGUUCGCUAAAUCUCACCAGUAGAGGGAGCUGCUGCAGAAAAUGUUGGUGUGUGAAUUUCCAAAAUAGCUUUAACAAAUUAGAUACGUUGUUGUUUUAGCAGUUUGACUCUCAACAUUGAGGUGAGAUAACUGUGGUUACAUUAACACAGCAGGGAAAUGCGACCCGUAUCCGACUUUUUCAGUCUGAACGCCCCGAUUUCGAAUCGGAUCAGAACAGAAUCAGAUUUGUUCUGCUUUCAUGCUUUGUAAUAAUUCAUAUUCUGAUUGUUUUCAAACUGUCUGCAGUCUGGACAGUCAUGACACAUUUUACCUGACGUUCAUGUCGUUGAUGUGAGAUACGAGUCAUAAAAAUGCCAGACGCAUUAAAUCCGGACGAAAACAAUGACUGUAAAUUCUAACUAUGAAAGAAGAAGUCAGUGCUUCAAAUCACAGCCGCACCUUGGUUUUAAUUUUGAAUUCAAACAUACUUCAAAAAGCUGUUUCUGUUACCUGUGUUUUCUUUUUAUGAGCUUCCUUCAUGUUUCUUAAUAUGAUUAUGUGACGAUAUUGUCAGCUGUUGUUGCUGAGUAAAGGUUAAAAGGACAGUAUUACAUAAAAGUGACUGUUUUGAGCUUCAAAUCAUGUUAAAAUGUCAUUCCUUUAUCAAAAACAUGGAUUAUUGCUUUGAUUCUUUCAUUCAUGUUUGAGAAAUCGUUGAGUCUCCAUAUCUACCAUUCAGCUGUGCUAAAUGCCUGGGUGGACUUAGCCUCGCCUUCGAGUUUCCACCUCA